UUUGUGCGACUCCGAGCGCGAGGACAUGACUUCUUCCAGCGGGCUGUAAAGAAACCGGUUCAGUGAUUAAUCCGGAUUAUUCACGCCAUGCCGCUCCGCAGCCUGAUCACAAAAAGAAGUCUGCUGGUACCGUUUAGACAUGUCUUCAGGAGCUUCACCAGUAAAACAGAUGGCGAGGACCGGAUCACAAAAAUACUGAAGGAGAAGUUUCCGCUCGCUUCCUCACUAAAAGUUGUGGACAUUUCAGGGGGCUGUGGUGCAAUGUAUGAAAUACAUAUUGAAUCAGAUGAAUUCAGAGGGAAAAGAACAGUGCAGCAACACCAGUUAGUAAAUCAGGCACUCAAGGAAGAGAUUCAAGGAAUGCACGGACUGCGAAUAUUCACAGAGGUCCCAAGAAAGUAGAAUCUACGAUUGUUCACUACACACACAUCCAUUUUAUGCUAUCAGAACUGUUGCACCAGAUUAUUAUAUCUCUAUGCUUCCUUCAAAUAUUUCUAGUAAAUUAUUACAGUAUAUUUUAGAAGUCAGGGAACAGGUAGAAGUCUUUCUAAGAGAAAAUGUGGAAUAUACAAUAUUCCUAUCGUAUUUAGAGGGAGGAAGUCCACAGAAUUUUCAAAGUUUCUGCAUAAUUCAACGAUGGAGAUGUAAACAGAGUGGUUUAGAGAGUUGGACAUGAGGUUACAACAAUUGUAAAUUAGUGGUCAGUAGGGGUGGGCGAUAUGGCUCUAAAAUAAUAUCACGAUAUUUCAGGGUAUUUUUGCGAUAACGAUAUACUUGGCGAUAUAGGAAAACUAAAAUAAUUCAUUUAUUUCAGGAAUAUAGUAUAAUAGUAUAACAGAAUAAUCAUAAUGUGGCAAAAUAAAUAAUAUAGCAUAAAAUAAUAUGAUGCAGUAAAAAAUAUUGCAGAAUAUUUAGUGCAUGCAUAUAAACUGCAAACUAAAACAAUUAUACAAUAAAUACACCUAAAGCUUCACAGUAAAUAAUAGACUAAUUUUAAGACAGAACAUCUCUAUUAUCACGAUAUGGAUUUUUAAUAUCAUGAUAUUUCUGUGUCACGAUAUAUUGUAUACGAUAUAUUGCCCACCCCUAGUGGUCAGUCUUUUUUUUUUUUUUUUUUUUUUAACAUUUUGGGACUAAUUUGUCUCUCUGUUAAGAAUAGAUCAGAAAAAACAUUCUAAUCUUAGAAUCUUUUUUUCUACCACUACUGUGAACAUUUCUAACUCUGUGAGCUCCUCUAGAGUGAAGCUUUCAACAUUUAAUCUUUCUGAAUGUUGGCUUACAUUGUAACAAAGCAAGUUAAGGCAUUUUUACACCUGCUUUUUUUUUUUUUUUACACCUAAAUUGCAGAAAGUUGCCUAGUGUCCAAGUGUUGUGCCGAAUUCUGACUACCAGAAUGAGCAUAACAGAUUCCCCUUGGAUUAUUUGUAUUUCUGUAUAUAAAUUAGGCUUAAUCUACAGUUAACGUAGCUACAGGAAUCACCAUAUUCUGUUAUAUACCCAUAAUGUUGUAUGCUGUGCAUCUGCAUAAAAGGUAGUUGAAUUUCGGCACAACACUAGUUCUCUUUUCUUCUUUUAUGGUUUAAUGGGUGCUUCUAUGGUUUAAAGUCUGAACAAUAUAAAAAAAAAGUGUUUUUACACUGCAAACGGACUGAGCCAGUCACAUCUGCUAUUUAAAAAGUCUGUAACUGAAGACUAGGUCUAAAGAUCUGGACCAAACAAAGUAGAUCUUAAAUAUGCAGACAUUUUGAAAAUGGACUGAAUUCCCGUGUUUGCGUUCUGGUACGGGGUCUUAUAAUUGCUACAGAGUACGCACAAAAUGUGUCUUUAAAAUGCUGUAAUACGCACAAGAGUGAUGCAUUGUAGCACUGCUCGAUAAAGGAACAUCAUUGUAGCCUAAAAAAGAGGUCCUAGCUAGCAAUUAACAGAACAUGAGAAAAUGUCUCUAUGGUUUUGUCAAUAAAAUCGUGAUCUUGUUUAGAUUUAUAGUUUUGUUACUAGUUGAUAAGACGUACAACUGCUGUUUUAUUGCUGUGACUUGUUUUUCCUCUGUGCUGUUAUUGUGUUUAGGAAAUAAAAGCCAUUAAACCACA